UCAGCGCGCCUCCAGCAGCUCCGGCUGCUCCCUCGCUGACUGCACGGUUUCUCCGCAUUCACUGACAAUGAACACGAUGACAUCGCGCUGUAAAGCUUAAUCUCGCUAACUGAUGGCUCCUCUGGAUUAACCUCUCCUCUUGUUGGAGCCAGGAGUAGGCUAUGAUGUUUUCUUGGCAGCUGCAGUAAUUUGUGACAGGCUGUGCCUGCUUGCUCACUCGCAGCAUUACUUCUCUUGCCGGUGCUCCGUGGGCUUCACAGCAUGUAUAAGCUAUGCGUCGCCUUCGUCCUGUGCUGUGCGCUUUUUCCAUGGUGCUCUGCAGCGCCAAAGACCUGGGGUGCAGAUCCCAGGUCAGAAUUUGAGCGCGAGGCAGAGCAAGAACACAGGCGGAAGGAGGAGAUAGAUGGCCAGGAGAGCAUCCUCUCUAAGCUGCUGGGUGAUUAUGACAAAGUGAAAGCCCUCUCGGAAGGCUCUGACUGUCGGUGUAAAUGUGUUGUCAGACCCCUGAGCAGGAGCGCCUGCCGGCGGAUAGAAGAAGGGAGCGCCACUGCGCAGGACUUCUUCAGCGUGGAGGCUAUCACAUCUGGACCAGAGUGCAAGUGCGCCUGCAUCGCUCCUCCGUCAGCAGUCAACCCAUGCGAGGGAGAGUUCAGGCUGAAAACACUUAGGGAAGCUGGAAAAGAGAAUGUCAAGCUUUCCACUAUCCUCGAGCUGCUGGAGGGCUCCUUCUAUGGGAUGGAUCUACUGAAGCUGCACUCCGUUACCAAUAAGCUGAUGGAUCGCAUGGAAAACAUGGAAAAGGCAGUGGCUCUGAACUACACCACGGUUGAAGUGAAGCCCCAGGAGAGCCCUCAGAUCCAGGCAGAUGCGACUGAAGGCCCACCCACCCCCCCUCUGCACUGGCAUCCGGACCAGAAGAGACCAAGUGAAGCCAGCAGGACUGCAGCAUAUCAAGACCCAGAUGAACAGUAUGAGAAGAAGUUUAUUGGGGAAAACUCGUCCUUCCUAAAGACAGAUGGUUCUGCUCCGAUCGUUGAAGUUAAACCUCAGGUGACUCCCAGGAACGUGGCUCACAAGGAGGCGUCUCAUGUGCCGAAGACCGGCCCCAACGGAAUGAUCAUAAGAGGGAUGACUUUUUAUAAAUCGGAGCCAGAUCCGAUGGUGGCGGACGACGGGGAGCCUGGAGAGAACCUUUUUGAGUAUCAUGGAUUCAGUGGUGAUGGCCCAAUUGACAUCUUUAUUGAGGAGAAUCUCUUACAUCACAGUGUCCCUCACCCCAAGACGAGGACGGGGCCGAGAUCCUUUCAACCAAAGACAACCGGUCCUUUGCACGGUUUGACAAAGACCAGCCAAUCAGCAAAACCCAAAGAAGCUCAGCCCACUUCAAAAACUCCCAAUGAGUUCGUCAGUGCGGGUGGUGGAGCCACAUCGGUGGACGCGUCGACCGAUAUACAGAGUGACGCAUCCACAGCGAGGAGCGGCACGUUCGGACCAACCGCUCCCACACAGAGAGCCAGGACCACGGACGCCGCGCCUCAAACGGCUCAAAGAGUCACCGCUGGAAUCACUCGGGGGCCAAUCCCUGUGACGGCUGAGCCUUCUGGCACUUCUUCAAGCGUCACCGCCGAGGACACAACCACAACUACAAUAAACACAACCCAACCAUCCGAAAAUAACGCCACAAAAGAAGUCCUACCAGCAUUGACGACGAGGAAUAUACCAUCCACAGUGAUGGACAACUCUACCGGGGAGGUGAACGAACAAAUGCAAAUCAUUCCCAGCAGCACUGCAGCUCGCUCAACCACACAUACGCCAAAUACAGCCACAGAGGUUUUGGCUACCGUUCCAUCUUCCAGUAUAACCAUCACAACCCAUGCUGCCCCGACCUCAGCACCAAUACGCCGCACCGCAGCUCCAACACCGGAUACCUCCACACGGACUGCUGCCUCGACACCAGAAGAAACAACAGAAUCCACCUUCUUUUCAGCGUUGACUUUGCCUCCUACAACACAGAGACCGAUGACUUUGCCUCCUACCACACAGAGACCGAUGACUUUGCCUCCUACCACACAGAGACCAAUGACUUUGCCUCCUACAACACAGAGACCAAUGACUUUGCGUCCUGCCACACAGAGACCGAUGACUUUGCCUCCUACAACACAGAGACCGAUGACUUUGCCUCCUACCACACAGAGACCGAUGACUUUGCCUCCUACAACACAGAGACCGAUGACUUUGCGUCCUACAACACAGAGACCAAUGACUUUGCGUCCUACAACACAGAGACCAAUGACUUUGCCUCCUACCACACAGAGACCGAUGACUUUGCCUCCUACAACACAGAGACCGAUGACUUUGCCUCCUACCACACAGAGACCGAUGACUUUGCCUCCUACCACACAGAGACCGAUGACUUUGCCUCCUACAACACAGAGACCAAUGACUUUGCGUCCUACAACACAGAGACCAAUGACUUUGCCUCCUACCACACAGAGACCGAUGACUUUGCCUCCUACAACACAGAGACCAAUGACUUUGCCUCCUACCACACAGAGACCGAUGACUUUGCCUCCUACAACACAGAGACCAAUGACUUUGCCUCCUACAACACAGAGACCAAUGACAUUGCGUCCUACAAUACAGAGACCAAUGACUUUGCCUCCUACAACACAGAGACCGAUGACUUUGCCUCCUACAACACAGAGACCGAUGACAUUGCGUCCUACAACACAGAGACCAAUGACUUUGCCUCCUACAACACAGAGACCAAUGACUUUGCGUCCUACAACACAGAGACCAAUGACUUUGCCUCCUGCCACACAGAGACCGAUGACUUUGCCUCCUACCACACAGAGACCGAUGACUUUGCCUCCUGCCACACAGAGACCGAUGACUUUGCGUCCUACAACACAGAGACCGAUGACUUUGCCUCCUACCACACAGAGACCGAUGACUUUGCCUCCUGCCACACAGAGACCGAUGACUUUGCCUCCUACAACACAGAGACCGAUGACUUUGCCUCCCCACACGUUCCUGGCUUUUACCACACCUGUGACUACCCCUUCUUCAGCUGCCACCACCACCACCACGACCACUACCGCCACUACGACCAGCACCACCACCACCAGACGGGCUGCUCAAGUCAAACAAAAAUACAAAAUCAGCUGGGAAGAGGCAGAGGGGAAGGAGGGACACCCGGAAUUCGAAGAGCCGAUGCAAAGGCAGGAGGAAUCUCCCUCAAGGAAACCUGGGGAGUGUAUGGACACUUUGGCAACAAUUUCGGAGCCGGUAACUCACAACACCUACGGCCGGAAAGAAGGAGCGUGGAUGAAGGAUCCAAAGUCGGAUAAUAACAAAAUCUAUGUCACAAACUUCUUCUACGGAAAUAAUCUCCUGGAGUUCCGCAACCUGGAGGUUUUCAAACAAGGCCGUUUCACCAACUCAUACAAGCUUCCCUACAACUGGAUUGGCACAGGGCACGUGGUCUACGACGGGGCUUUCUACUACAACCGCGCCCUCUCCCGAGACGUCAUUAAGUUUGACCUGCGUCGGCGCUACGUGGCCGCCUGGACCAUGCUGCACAACGCGCUGCUCGAAGAGUCGUCAUCGCCGUGGGAGUGGGGCCGGCACUCAGAAGUGGACUUUGCCGUGGACGAGAGUGGCCUGUGGAUCAUCUACCCGGCACUCGAUGAGGAGGGCUUCUUUCAGGAAGUGAUUGUCCUGAGUCGACUGGACCCCUCAGACCUCAGCAUGGAGAGGGAGACCACCUGGAGAACCGGGCUCAGGAGAAACCACUACGGGAACUGCUUCAUCGUGUGCGGCGUCCUUUACGCUGUUGACAGCCACAACCAAAGGGACGCCAAACUGGAAUACGCCUUCGACACGCACACAAACACUCAGAUGACUCCCAGAAUGCCGUUCACCAACAACUACACCUACACCACGCAGAUUGACUACAAUCCCAAAGAGGGCGUUUUGUAUGCGUGGGACAACGGACACCAAGUCACAUACAACAUCAAGUUUGCUUAUGCAGACCCGUAGUUUUAUAAAAGUUAACUGUAUGGUUUGAAUGGAUUGUAGAUCAGUCCACACGGCCUUCAGUAUGGAGACCAAUGAGGGCCAAAUGUACAAAUAUACUGAAGGGUUUUGUGCUUUGUUUUGUUUAAAUAUGUAUCUGAAAUGAAUGAAACAAUGAGCUCGAUUUCUCAGUCAACACUUCAAGUUGUACUGUAUAUAUAUUGUUUUACUGUAAAAAAAAAAGAAAAAAGAAAGCCCUGUGAGAUAAAUUAACGUAGAAAGGUGUCGGAACCAGCUCACGUCUUGGCUCAAAUAAAGCUUUAACAAUUCACAUAACCAAUUCUUAGGAGCGCUAGUCUUUGAACAAAUCCCCCGAUUACAUGGAUAAAUUCCAUGUUUCUGUUUUAUACACGUGAUUUUUAUAUUUCAUUGUUCUUUGCAUAUGCCGCAGGUCGUCUGUGUGGUAACAUCACACCUUUGUCUUGGGAGAGCACUUACCCCAUGCUAAUCAGACUGCUUUUGAAGAAACGGCAAUAAAG